AAGACCUAGACAAAAUGGCGGCGCCUGCUAUUAUUGAAACUCCAUCAGGAAAAGAUGCUAUUGCAGAAGGUCUGAUGGAUCUGUUAAAACCAGCAGUGCAGCAGCUUGAUCUACAUGUGCAUGCAGUGAGGGAGAGUCAAGUGGAGCUCAGAGAACAUAUUGACAACUUGGCGACUGAGCUGUGUAGAAUUAAUGAACACCAGAAAGUCGCCCUGGACUUGGAUCCCUAUGUGAAGAAACUGCUUAAUGCCAGGCGCAGAGUGGUUUUGGUUAAUAACAUCCUACAGAAUGCACAAGAACGCUUACGGAGGUUGAACCAUAACGUGGUGAAGGAGACGGCACGCCGGAAAACCAUGCUCGAAACAUCCGGAGCGUUUUCUACUCGAUCUCCUAGCAAGCCGUGAUGAGCGGCAGCUUAAGAGCGGACACUGCAUGAUGACGGCACUGUGCACCAUUCUAUGAAAUGUUCCUGUGCAUGGUCCACCAUAUCUUCGGUUAUACGCAGGAUCAGCAUUGCGGCUUGUGUUCACUUAGAAGCAGCUAAAAAGCCUGCUGUGUACCAAGAGCUUCUUUUUUUUUUUUAAUUUUCAUAAGUUUGCACAAAUCAUAAAUUUGCAUAAUGGUUAACAUCAGUGAUUUUAAUGAUUGCCUUUGAUAUGCACGUGGCUUUAACUCUCUUGAUAUUUGUCACACAGUACAGCUGUUGGUACCUUCAAAGGCCUAAAACACAUGCUCAUAUGUAACGUCAUUAUUUCAGUUACACUACCAUUGAAAAGUUUGGGGUCACCCAGACAAUUUUGUGUUUUGCAUGAAAAGUCACACUUUUAUUGACCACCAUAAGUUGUAAAAUGAAUAGAAAAUAUAGUCAAGACAUUUUUCUGGCCAUUUUGAGCAUUUAAUCGACCCCACAAAUGUGAUGCUCCAGAAACUCAAUCUGCUCAAAGGAAGGUCAGUUUUAUAGCUUCUCUAAAGAGCUCAACUGUUUUCAGCUGUGCUAACAUGAUUGUACAAGGGUUUUCUAAUCAUCCAUUAGCCUUCUGAGGCAAUGAGCAAACACAUUGUACCAUUAGAACACUGGAGUGAGAGUUGCUGGAAAUGGGCCUCUAUACACCUAUGGAGAUAUUGCACCAAAAACCAGACAUUUGCAGCUAGAAUAGUCAUUUACCACAUUAGCAAUGUAUAGAGUGCAUUUCUGAUUAGUUUAAAGUGAUCUUCAUUGAAAAGAACAGUGCUUUUCUUUCAAAAAUAAGGACAUUUCAAAGUGACCCCAAACUUUUGAACGGUAGUGUAAGUAGGAGAAAGGUUGCUGAACUCAACUGAUUUAUUGUGAUCGUCUUGUAAACCAGUAGCCAAGGUUGCUAGCAAGCUUACAUUAGGUUGUGUGUUAUGUAAUAAAACUCUUUUUAUCUGGAUAUGCUGAUUAGGCUACCUCCUAUGUUGUGUAAUCCAGUAGUCAUGUUUGAGAGAGUAUGCUACUUGGCAAAGACUCUAUACUUCUUGUGUUCAUUGGUGGUCUUACUAAAAUAGCAGCCAUUUUAAGAAAUGUGGAAACUGUACAAUGUCACAAAUAAUAUUUGAGGAAUAAAACACUUGGGGUUGUGGUGUUUACUGUUAUCAAGAUGAAGGUGAUUGUGUGUGGGGUGGGUUUUUUUUUUAAAUUAAAUACAGUGGCACAUCCUGAAACGUGUAUUCCUGUUGUAUCUCAAACAUGUCAACAAUUAUAAUUGUUUCUUAUUUAUUAAAGAAUGACACGGCUU